AGAAAUAUCUAAUUUACAUAAGUAUUCAUACACCUGAGUCAAUAAAUGUUAGAAUCACAUUUGAACAGUGAUUACAGCUGUUAGUCUUUCUGGGCAAGUCUCUAAGAGCUUUGCGCACCUGGAUUGUACAAUAUUUCCCCAUUAUUCUCUUAAAAAUUCUUCAAGCUCUGUCAAAUUGGUUUUUGAUCUUUGCUAGACAACCCUUUUCAAGUCUUGCCAUUGAUUUUCAAGCAGAUUUACGUCAAAACUGUAAUUUGGCCACUUGGCAUCAUUCACUGUCUUCUUGGAAAGCAACUCCAGUGUAGCAACUCCAGUGUAGAUUUGGCCUUGUGUUUUAGGUUAUUGUCAUGAUGAAAUGUGAAUUCAUCUCCCAGUGUCUGGUGGAAAGCAGACUGAACCAGGUUUUCCUCUCGGUUAUUGCCUGUGCUUAGCCCCAUUCCAUUUAUUUUUUAUUCUGAAAAACCCAGUCCUUUCUGAUUACAAGCAUACCCAUAACAUGAUUCAGCCACCACUAUGCUUGAAUAUAUGGAGAGUGGUACUCAGUAAUGUGUUGUAUUGGAUUUGCCCCAAGCAUAACACUUUGUAUUCAGGACAAAAAGUUUAUUUUCCACAUUAUUUUCUGUAUUACUUUAGUGCAUUGCUGCAAACAGGAUGCAUGUUUUGGAAUAUUUGUAUUCUGUACAGGCUUCCUUCUAUUCCCUCUGUCAGUUAGGUUAGUAUUGUGAAGUAACUACAAUGUUGUUGAUCCAUCCUCAGUUAUCUCAUAUCACAGCCAUUAAACUCUGUAACUGUUUUAAAGUCCCUAUUGGCCUCAUGGUGAAAUCCCUGAACCAUUUCCUUCCUCUCCGACAAGGAAGGACACCUGUAUCUUUGUAGUGAGUGGGUGUAUUGAUGCACCAUCCAAAGUGUCAUUAAGAACUUCACCAUACUCAAAGGGAUAUUCAGUGUAAAAAAAACUACCAAUAGGUUAUCUUCUUUGCGAGGCAUUGAAAAACCUCCCUGUUCUUUGUGGUUGAAUCUUUGUUUGAAAUUCACUGCUCGACUGUGGGACCUUACAGAUAUUUGUAUAUAUAGAGUACAGAGAUGAGGUAGUCAUUCAUCAUGUUAAACCUUAUUAUUGCACACCGAGUGAGUCCAUGUCAUUAAUUAUGUGACUUGUUACACAAAUGUUUACUCCUGAAGUUAAUUAGGCUUGCCAUAACUAAGGGGUUGAAUACUUAUUGACACUUAAGACACAUCAGCUUUUCAUUCUUAAUGAAUUUGUAAAAAUUUCCAAAAACAUCAUUCCACUUUGACAUUGUGGGUUAUUGUGUGCAGGCCAGUGAUAAAAAAAAUCUCAAUUUAAUCCAUUGUAAACUCGGGCUGUAACACAUCAACAUGUUUUCAAGAUCGUCAUACACUUAUGUAUUCCCCCCACACACAGCUCACACACUUCUCCAGAAAACAGUGACAUUAUUCCUGUGUUCCCAUUGGUAUGAAAGUGUUUAGGAAAUCAGUUAAUCAGCAAUACAAAUGGAUGUAGUCAUGAUCUGUUUGACCUUAGCAUAUAUGGAUGUAUUGGGGGGAUAUGAGAAGUCACAUGGUCUCACUUUUUCCCACACAAACACACCCACUCACAACAUGCGGACUUGCUUGCGUUCAGGGAUGUAAUCUUCAUUAGUCCAAACGAGAGCUGCUAUUGGACAAAUGCAAGUAGGUCUCACCACGAUUCCCAGAGCCAGCAGUCCUGGAGUGUGGCAGGUGUUUAAGGAUGAGCUGGAAGGCCUGAUCCAGGAUCAGAUGACUAAGGGCAGUAAUCCAACAGGACUGCUGGCUCUUAGGCAGGUAGCUGAUCUGAUCAUGGCCAGUUCUGUGGGAGGGACAGGCUCCUUCACAUCUCCUCUCAGCCCAGGGAUGGUCGCCCCAGUCAAUGACCUCUAUGGGGUAGAGUCUCCAUCCUUUACCAAAGGGGAGAAACAGUGUCGCUGUAAGCUAGCCAGUGUCUACAGACUGGUGGACCUUUUCAGCUGGGCCCAUUUCACCAGCUCAUACAUUACUGUCCGGGUUAGCAAAGAACAAGACCAUGUUCUUAUCAUCCCACAAGGGCUCUCUUUCACUGAAGUGACGGCUGGCAGUCUGGUGAAAGUGAACAUGAUUGGUGAUGUUGUCGACCAGGGAUCCACCUACCUGGAGGUGGACCACUCUGGCUUCAGCCCUCACGCUGCUGUCUAUUCCAUGCGCCCUGACGUCAGGUGUAUCAUACACAUCCACACAUCUGCCACUGCUGCUGUGUCCUCGAUGAAAUGUGGCAUCCUGCCCAUUUCCCAAGAGGCUCUGGUUCUGGGCGAUGUUGCCUACUUCGGUUACCAAGGCUGUCUGGAUGAUCAAGAAGAGAAGGUGGAGUUCCAGAAAGCCCUAGGGCCCACUGCCAAGGUGCUUGUUCUGAGGAACCAUGGCCUGGUUGCUCUGGGGGAGACUAUUGAGGAGGCGUUCCACUACAUUUACCACUCACAGCAAGCUUGUGAAAUCCAGGUCAGUGCUCUGCGGUGCUCUGCAGGAGUAGAGAACCUGGUGCUCCUGGACAGGGAGAGGCUCAAGCCCCUGACCCACGGAGUGGCUGCUGCUGGGGUCACCGUGGACAGCGAAGUCAAGUGGAAAGUGGGCGAGGCAGAGUUUGAGUCGCUCAUGAGGAUGCUGGACAACCUGGGUUACCGUACAGGCUAUAUGUACCACCACCCCAUAGUGAGGGAAAAGAUUCGGACCAAAAAUGAUGUGGAGAUUCCUGCCACGGUCUACACUGUCCCUUUGCAGGACAGUGAUCUGGGUCAGAGAAACCCCUUUAACUUCCUGGUGCAGAAACAGCAGAGGGAGAGGGCGCGCUGGCUCAACUCUCCCAACAGCUACCUGAAGGUCAAUGUGCCUGAACGCUCACUCAGUGGAGAGUGUAGCCCCAGAACCAAGACCAUGUGGAUGAAAUCUGAAGAGACCAGCAAUGGCACUGGCACCUCCAUAAAGAUCGAGGAUCCCAACCAGUUUGUUCCCCUUAAUACAAACCCAACUGAUGUUAUGGAGAAGAGGAACCGGAUAAGGCAACAGAACACUGUUGAUCACAUGACUCCAGGACCAAAGUCCCAUCUUCUAGCUAGCAUCGUUGUGGACACCAUACCAGGACCAGCCUUUAUCAUUGAGGAUGAGGAGCAGAUGCGCUCUCUUCCUCCCAACCCCUUCAGUGAGCUGACAGAGAAGGUGCUAGAAGAGUAUAAGAGCGUUGUGGAGCGAAGGCAGUUGGGCCUGGAUGAUGCUGAUGUCACAGACGCAGAUGAGAUGACAACAUUUGACGAGUCCACCAUCUCACUGUCCCUGUCUCCACUCGUGUCUCCUGCCAAAGAGAUCAUACCCAAUGGGAAAGAUUAUAUGGAAGAACUGGAAGAGAAACUAAACAUCAAAGUAUCCAAGCUCAGUAUAAGCACCACAGAAACGGUUGAAAUAUCCAUAACCUCAGAGAAAUCAGGGGGAGACAAGACCCCUGACAUCCAAACCAAGUCCCCCAAGAAGAAAAAUAAGUUUCGCACUCCCUCCUUCCUUAAAAUGAAUUUAAAAAAGGAGAAGGCUGAGGCCUAGAGGGAGAGACACUGAAGAGUGACAGGUCAGCUUAUAUGGUAUGAGAUGAGCUCAUGGGAUGAGAUGUGUUCCUUAGAGAGGAAAUGUAUGAGUCACUAAGAUCUUAAUAGAUCUCCAGCUUUUGGGAAGGAGCAACUGUGACAAUAAGCCUGUUAUUACAAUCUCCUCAAUCACUUCCUCUGAGGGCUCCACACAUGAAUAGGGCUCCAUGCAUGAUGGGUUAAACAUGUAGUAUAUCAGCUGCAUUGUUCUUAGUAUCUACUAUAGCCAAUUCGCUAUUCUGUAAUCCAAAAACAAUAAUAAUAUACUGUGCAGAUACAGAACCUCAUUCUUUAAAAGAUAAAAUACCACAUUGCCUGCUAUGUAUUUGUGGUCAGAUACUUUUUCCAUUCAGCUCAUCAUUGAACAGUAGGCCAUAGAUGAAGGUGAGACAUAUAAACGCCAUCUACGUUGUGCAUGACAGAAGUAAUUUUCCCAACAAUUGUUCACAGACAGAUUAUUUCACUUAUAAUUCACUGGAUCACAAUUCCAGUGGGUCAGAAGUUUACAUACACUAAGUUGACUGUGCCUUUAAACAGCUUGGAAAAUUCCAGAAAAUUAUGUCAUGCCUUUAGAAGCUUCUGAUAGUCUAAUUGACAUAAUUUUUGUCAAUUGGAGGUGUACAUGUGGAUGAAUUUCAAGGCCUCUGGUCUGAUGAAACAAAAAUAGAACUGUUUGGCCAAAAUGAACAUCGUUAUGUUUGCGGGAAAAAGGGGGAGGCUUGCAAGCCGAAGAACACCAUCCCAACCGUGAAGCACGGGGGUGGCAGCAUUAUUUUGUGGGGGUGCUUUGCUGCAGGAGGGACUGGUGCACUUCACAAAAUAGAUCACAUCAUGAGGAAAGAAAAUUAUGUGGAUAUAUUGAAGCAACAUCUCAAGACAUCAGUCAGGAGGUUGGAGGUGUACCUGUGGAUGUAUUUCAAUUGGAGGUGUACCUGUGGAUGUAUUUCAAGGCCUACCUUCAAACUCAAUGCCUCUUUGCUUGACAUCAUGGGAAAAUCAAAAUUUGUAGACCUCCACAAGUCUGGUUCGUCCUUGGGAGCAAUUUCCAAACGCCUCAAGGUACCAUGUUCACCUGUACAAUAUAGUACGCAAGUAUAAACACCAUGCGACCACGCAGCCAUCAUACCGCUCAGAAAGGAGACGCGUUCUGUCUCCUAGAGAUUAACGUACUUUGAUGUGAAAAGUGCAAAUCAAUCCCAGAACUACAGCAAAGGACCUUGUAAAGAUGUUGGAGGAAAAGUAUCUAUAUCCACAGUAAAACGAGUCCUAUAUCGACAUAACCUGAAAGGCCGCUCAGCAAGGAAGAAGCCACUGCUCCAAAACUGCCAUAAAAAAGCCAGACUACGGUUUGCAACUGCACAUGGGGACAAAGAUCGUACUUUAUGGAGAAAUGUCCUCUGGUCUGAUAAACAAAAAUAGAACUGUUUGUCCAUAAUGACCAUCAUUAUGUUUGGGGGGAAAAGGGGGAUGCUUGCAAGCCAAAGACCACCAUUCCAACCGUGAAGCACGGGGGUGGCAGCAUUAUGUUGUGGGGGUGCUUUGCUGCAGGAGGGACUGGUUCACUUCACAAAAUAGAUGGCAUCGUGAGGGAAGAAAAUUAUGUGGAUAUAUUGAAGCAACAUCAAGACAUCAGUCAGGAAGUUAAAGCUUGGUCGCAAAUGGGUCUUCCAAAUGGACAAUGACCCCAAGCAUACUUCCAAAGUUAUGGCAAAAUGGCUUAAGGACAAUAAAGUCAAGGUAUUGGAGUGGCCAUCACAAAGCCCUGACCUCAAUCCUAUAGAAGGGGAUUGUGGGCAGAACUGAAAAAGCGUGUGCGAGCAAGGAGGCCUACAAACCUGACUCAGUUAUACCAGCUCUGUCAGGAGGAAUGGGCCAAAAUUCACCCAACUUAUUGUGGGAAGCUUGUGGAAGGCUACACUAAACGUUUGACCCAAGUUAAACAAUUUAAAGGCAAUGCUACCAAAUACUAAUUGAGUGUAUGUAAACUUCUACCCCACUGGGAAUGUGAUGAAAGAAAUAACAUUUCACAUUCUUAAAAUAAAGUGGUGAUCCUAACUGACCUUGAACCUAGUAAAGAUUCACUGUCUAAAUGUCAGGAAUUGUGAAAAACUGAGUUUAAAUGUAUUUAGCUAAAGUGUAUGUAAACUUCCGACUUCAACUGUAUAUGAGGUCAAGCCUUAAGGAGUGUGGUUGGUUUUUAUCUGGACCUAUUCAUAAUAGUCUUAGUUUUAGUUGAUUAAAAGUAGGCUAAAGUAUGGGUGGUAGUAGUGUUUAUAAUUAUUCAGUAUUCGGUUAACUUUUUGAUAUACACUACAUGUCUUCUUAAUAAUAAUUGUACUAUACGUAAUACUUUUAACAAUGUAAGACAGAGAAGGCAAUUUUAGCUGGGCAUGUUUUGCAGAAACCUUUAUUUAUGCCAGUGAUUAUUUUAGUGGUUGCUACUUAUUCAUUAUUGUGACAAAAUGAACGGAAAGUGUGAAGAUUUGAAAAAUCUCCAAUCUCUAUGAGCUCAAUACUGCUGAAUCCUCUUCUUUUUUUACCGCAUUCACUGAUAUCUUGGCAUGGAUAUUACUAUUGAAUGCUAAAUUGCAAAUGUAAAGAUAUAAAAUAGGCUUAUAUCAGACUAUAAAAUGUAAUAUGAAUGUGUUGUGUAUGUUAAAGAUUUGUUGAGACAGUAUUUUGAUAGAUAAUUUGAAAGUUGGCCAUACAAAAGUAACAAAAUGUUUAUUGUUACCAUUUCCCCAUAAAUUAAGAAAGAAAUGCAAGAUUAUGGAGAAAACAACUUCCUCUCAGGUUAUGGCUGAACUAUGCCUCUUUUUGCCUCCCCAAGAGGCUUACAUUUAUUGAUUAUGUGUUGAACUAAGAUUGCUUAGUAAGGUUCGCUCACUCGUCUCACUUUUCAAAAACAUUCAAUUACAUUUGUAUGGCCUUACGGCAGAUUAAUAGCAAUUUGUUAUAGAAAGCUGUUUUCUGGACCGGAGUUAAACUGAAGACAAAGUCAAACAUCCAGAGACGAUAUAAAUCGAGGAUUUAUCCCAGUUAGCAAUGUGAAUGAUUUUCUUCGAUCCAAAGGGAGAAACAUGGUUUCCUUUGUAGAUACUACAUUUUGUGAAGCAGUUUUAAAUGCAAUACUGAAAUUAAGGUUGAUUAAUUUGCAACGGUUGCUUUAACAUUUAUGUUGUAUGUUUUGAUGCUUGUCAGUUUAUGCUCUGUUAAAGUAUUACAAGCAGGCCUCCCGAGUGGCGCAGCGGUCUAAGGCACUGCAUCGCGGUGCUAGAGGUGUCACUACAGACCUGGGUUCGAUCCCGGGCGGUAUCACAACCGGCUGUGAUCGGUAGUCCCAAAAGGCGGCGCACAAUUGGCCCAGCGUCGUACAUUUUUGGCCGGGCUAGGCCGUCAUUGUAAAUAAGAACUUGUUCUUAACUGACUUGCCUAGUUAAAUAAAGGGAAUUUUUUUUUAAAUGACUUGACCCUCGCCUCCCGAGCCCGUUGGGGAGUUGCAGCGAUGAGACAAGAUCGAAAUUGAGGAGAAAAAAGGGGGGUAAAAUACAAGAAAUUAAGUAUCACAAGCUAACUGAAUUGAAUAUACGCAGUAUAUCAUGUUCACAGUCCCAGUUAACUUGUAUUACUAAUGCUUAUUUUGUUUGAAUUGCUUUUAUAUUGACUGAGCUUUUGUAACGUGUGCUCUGUAUAGCAGCUUCAUAGCAUUUCAUUACAUUCCUUAUGAGAUUACAUUUCACCAUAUGUAAUAAAAACAGUGUGUUUA